CCGAAAUGGAACAGAACCACCUGCCCAGUUGUGUUUGUGUUGUGGCUGAGUGAGGGGCGUCAGCUGAUAUUUCUUCUUCACCUCCUUCACUCCUCCACCAUGGCGAGGGCGGGAUGACCAGCUGGCUGCGAGACUCCCCGCUGAGGGUGUCGCUGGGCCGGCGCCGCCCCACCCCGCCCCCCCUGCAGGAUGUGGACCCUGCCGCAGCCUUCCACUCCUUCAUCAAGCACUGGCAGCAGACCCGGGACAUCAUUGACCGCACCAGACUCCGUGGCCAUGUGUUUGCCGACGACGUGACAGCCGUGAUCAACCACCUGGCGCAGAUGUCCACCCUGCUGCUGGUGGACCUGAAGCAAAUCACCGCACACAAGCACAGCGGGAGGGGCGGCAGGCGGAAGGACACAGCACAGCCUCCACAGCAAUGCAAGACCAGCAACAACAACACCAACAACCACCACCACCUGAACCACCACCCCCUGGAGGAGCCGCCUUCCCCCGGCGAGGGCGCCCCCACCACCGCCUCCCUCCCUGCCGAUGUGCCCCCCAACACCCCAAUCUUCGACCACUUCCUGGGCGAGGAGAUCCUUGACAAGAUUGUGGACUGGAGUUUGGGUGCUGGCGAGUUUGUCAAUGCACUCAAACUGGAGCAGCUCAAGGUUCACGAGCAGCUGCUGAGCCACUCACAGCAGGAGGUGCUGGUGUACAAGCCAAUAAUCCGUCCCCUCCAGAAGCUGCUGUCCUCCUGCAGUGGCUGCCUUCACUCGGACGUGGAGAAGCGGCUGGUGGUGCUCCUCAACCAGCUGUGUGUCUCCCUCAUGAACAACCAGCACCUCCUCGACUUCUUCUUCCAGUUUCCCGAGGGACAGGGACCCACCAAGUUUGUCAUCUUCUCGCUGCUGCUGCCGUACAUACACAGGGAGGGGGGCGUGGGGCAGCAGGCCAGGGACGCACUGCUCCUCUGCAUGGCCCUCUCAGCCUCCCACACAGCAGUCGGACAGUACAUCGCCCAGCACUCCAACUUCUGCCAUGUGCUGGCGGGGGGACUCAACGCUCUGUACUCCAACCUGCCGCGCUCCCUCACUGUGGCAGCGGAGGGCUGGCACAGACUCACCCCAGAGGACAUCAGUGAAAUCCCGCAGCUCCAGCAUUUCCUCAACUCCCUCGAAUUCUGCAAUGCCGUCGUCCAGGUGGCUCACCCUCUAGUGAGGCAGCAGCUGGUGGAGUUCUUGUAUCAAGCAUUCCUGGUUCAAGUUUUGGGCUCAGCUCUGCGUCAGGAUGAGACAGUCACUGGGAGGAUGGGGCCAGCCAAGACUCCUGUCAUUAUGUCGGUGGUGAGUGAGGUGGUGGCGGCGACGGCAUAUGUGGAACUUUGCCUGAGGACGGUGACAGAGCCAGACCUUCUGCGGGUGUUCCUGGCCUUCCUCCUCACCACCCCUGAUGACCUGGACCCAGCAACACCACCUGACCCACCCCUCAUCACUCUGCUCAUCUCCAGGCUACACUCCCCAAACACGCAACUGUGCCUGGUGACCCUGAGCCUGUUCUGGACCCUGGUGGACCUGAAUUGUGAGGACCUGAUGCUGGCACUGGUGUUCCAGUACCUGGCGCCCUGUACACACGUCAUGCUGUCCCAGCGGUCACGCCUCACGCAGCCCCCCGAGCCUGUGUCCUGCUCCACCGACCGCCUGCAUCACCUUAUACCCGAUGCCUGCCAGAAUGGUGGUGACCAGAACAAGGUGCAGGCCAUCACCCACCCUGGAGCACCCCCUGCCCUGCCUCAGGCCACACCUCCAUCCCCUGGCCUGCCUCCCUGGCCAGCGGAAAUGGAGUGUGUGCCACGGCCAACCUUCUACUCAGACUACCUGGAGGAGGCGCAGGCCCAGCUGGCUUCCACCACGGCCGCCUGCACCACCUGGACCUGGAGGUACGACGGCCUGCAGCCCUCACCCACGCAGGCCAUAGAGCUGCUGGAGGCUGCCCGGGCCUGCCCCCCCACCCUUUACCCUAAGCCCCGGUCACAGUCCAACCCUGAGCAGAGCCAGGAUGGCCUACCUGGUGGCACCAAGGCCCGCAGCAUCAGCCUGCCGGAUGGUACCAGGGCAGUCCGGGGCGAGGGCCACCCCAUGCUGAACGGCAACUGUGAGGGCGAGGGGCCCCUGCCACGUCAUGUCCUGGGCCUGGCAGUGGAGGAGGAGAACCUGGACUCCUUGGGCGAGAGCAGUGGCUAUGAGAGCUUCAACAUCCGGGCCUCCAGGGAUGUCUCCCCCACCAACAGUUCUGAUGGCUCUCCCCGGCCCCGCCCCAUGCAAGCUGCCAGCUUUCAGGGGCGGCGUGUCCCACAGGAGGAUGACCGGGACUUCCUGGAGUCCCUGCAGCGGUCCAACACACCCACUGAAGAGACCGGCCUGGAAGAGACCCUGUGUGAGAUAGAGGAAGCCUUCACCGCUGUCAGGCUGUGUCCAGGCCUCAUCCCUCCCUCAGCCCACAACCAGGUGUUCUGUGUGGAGGUGGUGGCAGAGGAUGGCGGGGAGGUGGAGAGCUUUCCUUGGCAAAGUCAUGAGUCCUCCCCCUCUGAGGUACCUGAGAAGAGUGUGCAGCCCAGCCAGGAGAUGCAGACCAGGCCAACCAUCGGUCCAUUCCUGGAGGCACUGCUGAUGCGAGUGGACCAGAUGCUGACUUCUUCCAUCCACAUCAACCUGCUGGUGGCCACCCUGCUGAGCCGCCUUGCCGCCUUCCCCACCCCCCUGCUCACCUCACUGCUGCUGGACACCUCCAUUGUGUUCCAGCCGGCGGUCAGGUCACUCGUGCAGGUGCUGAGUGGCCUGAAGCAGCGCAUCGACACCCUGCUGGUGGGGGAGGAGGUGGGCAUGCUGAUGGCUGAGGCAAGGACCUGGUUCACAGCGAGGGAGGUGGCAGUGAACCCCCUCCCCCUCCCCAGGAACCGCACCCCCUCUGUCUCGUCCACCUCUACAGACACCCCACUCAUGAGAGAUGAGACCAAACGUCGCAGUUUCUCGCAGACAGUGACAGCUUUGUUCCGUCGCUCCGGCCCCUCCGAGCGCCCCCCACGUAAGGAUAGCAGUCCCCUCCAGCACCUCCCUGACAAGACUGGCUACAGAUACACCAAGCCAGUGCUAAUGCCCUCUGAGGAUGGUCGCGGCACAUCAGGGUCAGUGGCAGAGAAGCGGCACUGUGCCAGGUGUGCCGUGCUGCUGCAGGAGUGGCUGUUGGAGCUCUCAGCACUGGCACAGGAGCAGGUGGUGGCCAAACCUCAGAUGGAGUUCUCCUUUCCCUCAAGGUGACAGUGACUCCCUUGUGGAACAGCGCCGGCACCCUCCCCAGGCCAUGUGGUGAGGCCAUGGAGGGAGGGUGCCAGGCAGACCCUUAGGCCCUGCUGGGGGGGGCAACAGUCGGUGGUCAGGCCGGUGUCGUGACCUCGGCUGGGUAGCAUUUAUUAGGCUGAGGCAAUUCCAUGGUACUCUCAGACUCCACCAGAUGCAAGGGUCGUGUUUGUGUUUGAUUUGUGUGGUGAUGGGCAGCUCGUGUCCCACCGCACUCAUUUGUUAGGCCGCUUGUCGCUGACAGGCGAGGCGACGGUGUUUUACAGCAGUCAGACUUGUUGCCGCUGCCACGUGUCUGUUUCAUUGUUAUGUUUUGGUGUUGUUUCUCCGUGACUACCACUGGGAGGCCAUUGUACAGUUGUUUUAGUGUGGUAUCAGUGCCAGUGCCAUUGCCGGCCUGGGCGACAGGGCUGGCGGGUGACGGACCGCUGUGUGCCGUGGAAUUGCUCUCGGCGCUGCCUGGGGCGUUAUCCUGAUAGUCUCCAAAGACAGUAGUCAUACCUGUACAUUAAUUACUUUUUAUCUUGUACAUAGUCAUUGAAUUAUUAUCAUAGUAUAUAUAUUAUAAAUACUAUAUAGUAUAAAAAUUGUAUUUACGCAUAUAUUUUAUGAAGGUUGGUAAGUUUAGAAUGCCAUCUUUUUAAUCAUAUCACUUGAGUAUAGCAAUAGUAUAAUAUGGAGUACUGGAAGUAUUUAUAUGAAGAGUCUAUAUUCACCUCACCAAAGAAAGGCAAGCCACAGUCGCCCCAUGGCUGUGGCCAGGACCGUGGGUGAACCCGUGCUGGGCUGCGCUCAUCCAUGCAAUGGGUGGGCAGACUCAUCCGCCCGACGGAUGCACGCCCGUCCCUCGGCACAUGUCAAGCUGAUUCUCUUUUGCCUCCUUGUGAUUCUUAAGCCAUGAUGCAAUGAUGCAGUGUCUCGCCUGCCGCCAGGCUGAGCCACACAGGUAACCGCCAUUCUCAUUAACCGUCCGGCGCGGUGAUGCUCAAGCCGCCUUCCGUCUCUCUCUCUCCGCUGGGUGUCCGCUGAUCUCCUGCCCUGCUGUAUCUCCUGGGCCCCAUGUGGUGCUCCCGGGUGAUGCAGAUGUGCUCUUUGCUUGCUGGCCUGUUGCCAUCUGAAGCCUGUUUACAUAUUCCCUCCAUUCAAAAAAUUAUGCCAUCUGUGUGUUUCCUUGUCUGUCUAUCUGUCUGUCUGUCUGUCCUGAUGCCUGUUUUUUGGACCUCCCUGAAGUGGUGGCCAUAACAGAAGAGUUUUCACUUGCUCCUAUCUCUUUCUCCAUUCAGUCUCCCUCUACCUCAUUCUCUACACCUCAUUUCAUUUGCCUGCUUGGUGCAAACACUGCACUACCAGGAAGGCAUUACAGUGGUGGAGGGAACACAAGACACCUUUGAGCACACCCAGUCAGCCAAGGCACCUCAUGUUUGGCCACAAGGUCGGACCCCAGCGAUAGAUAAUCUUGUCCCUUUCGGAUUGUUCCCCUGUACAUAACGUUUUCUUAAUCCCUCACUGUGGAAGUCCUGAGUGUUUGAUGAGAGGCCUGCACAAGGUGUCAGGGCAUCAGUGGGAGUGGGAGUGGCGUGGUGAAGGUGUCAUGUUGUCAGAAAGCCCCACGUGCAUUGAGAGACCUGCAGGAGACUUCAAUGCUUGGGAUUCUUGUGGUGUGGUUGUCAUGUUGGGAAGUCCCACCUUUAUUAUGCCAACAGGUUUACGUAAGACUAGAGAUCAUGAUGUGGUGGUCCUGUCAUGUCUGAGUCCCAAGGGUGUCAUGUCAGCAGGUUUACAUGAGAUGAGAUUAUGACAUUGUGGUCCCUUCAUGUAUAAGUCCCAAGGGUGUCAUGUCAGCAGGUUUACAUGAGACUAAUGACUAGAGACUCCUGUGACAUAGUGGUUCUGUCAUGUCACCAAGUCCCAAGUAUGUCAUGUCAACAGGUUUACAAGACUAAUGACUAGAGACUCCUGUGACGUAGUGGUUCUGUCAUGUCACCAAGUCCCAAGUAUGUCAUGUCAACAGGUUUACAAGACUAAUGACUAGAGACUCCUGUGACAUAGUGGUUCUGUCAUGUCACCAAGUCCCAAGUAUGUCAUGUCAACAGGUUUACAAGACUAAUGACUAGAGAUUCCUGUGACAUGGUGGAUCUGUCAUGUCAUCAAGUCCCAAGAGGUUUGCACAAGAUGUCAUUGCUUAUGGUACUGUAGCCUGGUGAUUGUGGUCAUGUGAUUUUAUCCCCCAGUGACACACAGCUGCUGUAACUUAAUGAACACCGGUGUCUGUGGUUUUAUUACUCACUCAAUGCAUAAUCAGGUCAGGUUUGAUCAGGCUAUACAGUAUGGCAGCCUGACUAGAGGUUCAUUAUAUUAGGACAGCCCUUUUGUGAUUGCUUGCAGAAAGGCUGGUGGUGGGUGCAGUCCUCUCUUGGGUGACCUGCACAGAGGUGGUGAUAGUGGUGGUGGUGGUGGUGAAGACCUUGCUUUGGGAGUGUGGAGAUAUAUUUUUGAUGUUCCAUUGAGUUAUGCUCCUUAAAAAUAUGUUCUUAAAUUGAUUCCUAUAUUGAUAUUGAAUGCUUAAUGCAUUUUUAAGGUUUUUAGUUACUUCAUUCUUUCGUUUUUAUUUGUAAGUCUAAAUUCUGCACUUUCAAAUUAUAACAAAAGGUAAAAAAAACUAUUCAUAACUUCUUAAAUUGGAGAUUCCUCUAUUGAUAUUAUGCAUUUUUUAAGGUUUUGAGGCACUUAAUUCUUUUGUUUUCAUUUGUAAGUCAGAAUUCUGCACUUUCAAAUCAUAACAAAAGGAUAAACUAUUCUAUCCACAAUUUUGAUAAACAUUAAACUGAACAUUCAUUGAUUAUUAUUGUUAUUAUUAUUAUUAUUAUUAUUAUUAUUAUUAUUAUUAUUAUUAUUAUUAUUAUUAUUAUUAUUAUUAUUAUUAACAGUGAAGUGUCCUUGCUCAUUGCUUUCACUUGACAUAGGGCAGAUUAAGCCUGAUUGGAGGUCCUUCAUCCUGCUUUGCUUCAGUGCAGGACUUUCCCCAUGUUAAACAUCAUGCAGGAGUAAAGGAAUGCAGGGUUCAUUAUUCACACUAGGACACUUUCACUGUCUCCCUUUCCUCACUGCAGAACCCCUAAGCCUCCCUCUGUGCAGUGUAUAUCCUUGGGUGAGUAGGAUGGGAGUGUAGGGUGUGUUCUACUAAUGACUAGGUGAGGUUUUUAAUGUUUGGUGGUGAGGAAAUCAUAUGGUAAUGAAAAGUGCUCAUGUGGUUGUUUUCAGUGCACUGUGGCCCUGCGGUGGCCCAGGGUAUUGUGAAACUGGUUGUCCGUUCACACACAAAAACAGUACACAAAAUUGUGGUGAUAACGAAGUGUGGUCUGUUCUGCAGGCUGGUUUCUGUUCAUUUGGUUUCUGACCUUUAUAUUGACAAAUGUGUGGGUGUGGGUGUGUGUGUGUGUGUGUGCGUGUGUGUGUGUGUAUGUGUGUUAUCCCAGUGAAUUAAAAUACUGACACAAAACAAAGAUAACAUGUACCAUUCAUUGGAGUGACUGACAAAUUUACAACAUAGUUUAUGCAAUAAAAGUUAUUCUUG